AGAGCGUGCACGCCGGGAAGGAGCGCCUCAGUCUCUGAAGCAUGAAAGAGAGAACUGAUUAGGAAUUCUUCAGGCAACUGUCAGCCCCCGGAGAGCAGGCAGAGAAUCACCAUCACCCCAACUCUGACGUUUCCUACCAGAAGUUAGAGACUUGAGCAGAAUUGCUAUCGCAUGGAAAUGGUAGGCUUGGUGCUGUGGAACACACUCCUGAGCUGAAGAAGUGCCACGGGCUGUGCCGUGCAUGUGUGCGUGUGUGCUAAACACCAGGAGAGCCCAGACCCAGUGGGUAAGCGAGAGGAAAUGUGGAGAGAAUGACCGACGACCAAUCUGUGAAUUUGUUCUUUGGAGUUGCUAAUUUGCCAGCCCGAAGCACCACAUUUUACAAGGAGGAAACGUUUGGCUGCUUCUGAUUUCUCCCUAAACUGGUGCUCCCAGAUGCAUGGCUUUCUAUGUGUUGGAACCUAUCCUUCCUAACUGCAGCAUACCGAGAAAGGGGAAAGGUGGAGGCAACUCACUGGCUGUAUCCAAAUAAGCGAUGAGAUGUAAUGCGUCCUCCAGUCCACGCACGCUUCCUCUUGCAAUCUGUGCAUCUUUCCUCAGUGGAUGCCUCUAAGCCCUAAAACCCAGGACAAGAAAAUAAAUACAUUUUAUCAUGGACCUGAGGGAUUUUUACCUGUUGGCUGCUCUGAUUGCCUGUUUAAGGCUGGAUUCCGCAAUAGCUCAAGAACUUAUUUACACUAUUAGAGAGGAGUUGCCUGAAAAUGUGCCCAUAGGAAACAUACCAAAGGAUCUGAACAUUUCUCACAUCAAUGCUGCCACAGGGACCAGCGCCAGCCUUGUCUACAGACUGGUUUCUAAAGCUGGGGAUGCCCCUCUGGUGAAAGUAUCCAGUAGCACGGGGGAAAUCUUCACAACCUCCAAUCGAAUAGACAGAGAAAAACUCUGUGCUGGAGCCUCCUAUGCCGAGGAGAAUGAGUGUUUCUUUGAACUUGAGGUGGUGAUCCUUCCCAAUGAUUUCUUCCGGCUGAUCAAGAUCAAAAUCAUCGUCAAGGAUACCAAUGACAAUGCCCCCAUGUUUCCGUCUCCUGUCAUCAACAUUUCCAUUCCAGAAAACACUUUGAUCAACAGCCGCUUUCCAAUCCCGUCAGCCACAGAUCCGGACACAGGCUUCAAUGGUGUGCAGCAUUAUGAAUUGCUAAAUGGGCAGAGUGUUUUUGGACUGGAUAUAGUGGAAACUCCGGAGGGAGAGAAGUGGCCGCAAUUGAUUGUCCAGCAAAACUUGGACAGAGAACAGAAAGACACCUAUGUGAUGAAAAUCAAAGUGGAGGAUGGAGGCACUCCCCAGAAAUCCAGCACGGCCAUACUGCAGGUCACAGUAAGUGAUGUCAAUGACAACCGGCCAGUGUUUAAAGAGGGUCAAGUGGAGGUGCAUAUCCCAGAGAAUGCUCCCGUAGGCACCUCUGUGAUUCAGCUCCAUGCCACUGAUGCAGAUGUAGGCAGUAAUGCAGAAAUCCGGUACAUUUUUGGUGCCCAGGUUGCCCCUGCAACUAAAAGACUCUUUGCUUUAAAUAACACGACUGGGCUGAUCACGGUUCAGAGGUCCUUAGACCGGGAGGAGACAGCCAUUCACAAAGUGACAGUGCUGGCUAGUGAUGGCAGCUCCACCCCUGCCCGGGCAACAGUUACUAUCAAUGUCACAGAUGUAAAUGAUAACCCUCCCAACAUAGACCUCAGGUACAUUAUAAGUCCCAUCAAUGGCACCGUGUACUUAUCAGAGAAAGAUCCUGUCAAUACAAAGAUUGCCCUAAUUACCGUUUCAGAUAAAGACACAGAUGUGAAUGGCAAAGUGAUCUGCUUCAUUGAACGAGAGGUCCCGUUUCAUUUGAAGGCCGUGUACGACAACCAGUAUUUGUUAGAGACUUCUUCUCUUUUGGAUUAUGAGGGCACCAAAGAAUUCAGCUUUAAAAUCGUUGCCUCUGACUCGGGGAAGCCCAGUUUAAACCAGACUGCCCUGGUAAGGGUUAAGCUGGAGGACGAAAAUGACAACCCACCAAUUUUUAACCAGCCUGUAAUUGAGCUGUCAGUUUCUGAAAACAACCGGCGUGGGUUAUACUUAACAACUAUCAGUGCCACCGACGAGGACAGUGGGAAAAAUGCAGACAUUGUGUAUCAGCUGGGGCCCAAUGCCUCCUUCUUUGAUCUGGACCGUAAGACGGGAGUUUUGAAAGCCUCCAGGGUCUUUGACCGGGAAGAGCAAGAGCGCUUCAUUUUCACCGUCACUGCCCGGGACAACGGGACCCCUCCCCUCCAAAGCCAAGCGGCUGUGAUAGUCACCGUGCUGGAUGAGAAUGACAACAGCCCCAAGUUUACCCACAACCAUUUCCAGUUUUUUGUGUCGGAGAAUCUGCCAAAGUAUAGUACUGUGGGGGUGAUCACGGUGACAGAUGCAGAUGCUGGGGACAACAAAGCCGUGACUCUUUCCAUUCUGAAUGACAAUGAGAAUUUUGUGUUGGAUCCCUACUCCGGAGUCAUCAAGUCCAACGUGUCCUUUGACAGAGAACAGCAGAGCUCCUACACUUUCGAUGUCAGAGCCACCGAUGGAGGACAGCCACCCCGUUCCUCCACUGCUAAAGUCACCAUCAAUGUCAUCGAUGUCAACGACAAUAGCCCCGUUGUCAUCUCACCACCGUCUAACACGUCCUUUAAGUUGGUGCCCCUCUCGGCCAUUCCCGGCUCCGUGGUAGCCGAAGUUUUCGCCGUGGAUAUUGACACCGGAAUGAACGCGGAACUGAAGUACACCAUUGUGAAUGGGAACAACAAAGGUUUGUUUCGGAUCGACCCAGUAACAGGUAACAUCACCCUGGAGGAGAAGCCGGCACCCACUGAUGUGGGCUUGCACCGUUUGGUGGUCAACAUAAGCGACCUGGGGUACCCGAAGUCCUUGCACACGCUGGUGCUGGUUUUUCUGUACGUGAAUGACACGGCUGGCAACGCCUCCUACAUCUACGACUUGAUCCGCAGGACUAUGGAGACCCCCUUGGACAGGAACAUAGGGGACAGUAGCCAACCCUAUCAGAACGAGGACUAUCUCACCAUCAUGAUCGCCAUCGUGGCCGGCGCCAUGGUGGUCAUUGUCGUGAUCUUCGUCACUGUGCUGGUGCGCUGUCGCCACGCGUCAAGGUUCAAAGCUGCUCAGAGGAGCAAGCAAGGCGCCGAAUGGAUGUCCCCGAACCAGGAGAACAAGCAAAACAAGAAAAAGAAACGGAAGAAAAGAAAGUCCCCCAAGAGUUCGCUCUUGAACUUUGUGACGAUCGAAGAGUCCAAGCCGGAUGAUGCCGUUCACGAACCCAUCAAUGGGACCAUCAGCCUGCCCGCUGAGCUGGAGGAGCAGAGCAUAGGAAGGUUUGACUGGGGCCCUGCCCCUCCAACAACCUUCAAGCCCAACAGCCCCGACUUGGCCAAGCACUACAAGUCUGCCUCUCCACAGCCGGCGUUUCAUCUCAAACCAGACACUCCCGUUUCUGUGAAAAAGCACCAUGUGAUUCAGGAACUCCCUUUGGACAACACCUUUGUCGGGGGUUGUGACACGCUUUCCAAACGCUCUUCCACUAGUUCAGACCACUUCAGUGCCUCAGAGUGCAGCUCCCAAGGAGGCUUCAAGACAAAGGGCCCCUUACACACCAGACAGCCCCUGUUCCUGAACGGGUCAGAAGUGCCAACCACCAUCCACCUCUGCACAAACUUGCCAGCUAAGAUCAGCAUGGGCCUUCCCCCCACCUAUCUGUAAUGCUGUGGGAUAACUAAUCUGCAUGUCUAUUUAGAAAUAUGUACAUAAUUAUUUUAUCAUGGUUUAUAUAAGUUCAGAUUUUUCCUACUGCAGGUUUUCUAGUUUUAUCACCCACAUAAAAAAAAAUAUCCAGUUAUUUUACACAGUGCUCUUAAAUGCCCCAUGUUUUAUGAUUGGAUUCUUAAUGCCUUCCUUAAAAUUUUAACAGUUGUUGGUCAAUUAGUCAACCAUGAGUUGGACUGUCAAAGUCCCCCUUACAAUUGCUAACUUCAUAGGACCAGUGAAAUGUAUCCAUUAUGGGCUAUCAUAAUCUAUCUGAUUGGAUAAAACACUUAUGUAAGGUUGGUGCACUUUUAAUGGGAGGCACAAAAAUUGAAGACCAACAAGAAGGAACUAAGAGACACCAAUGCAGAGCUUGCCCUGCUCCAGAAGCAAAUGAGAUUUUCCUUAUUCCAUAGUGCCAAGGUAUUUGAUUCUUGGAAUAGCAUGCUCAUCAUUUAUGCCCAUGCUGUGUAGUGCAUGUGGAUUGUAGGGUCACUUGAAUGAAUGCUGUUCUUAUUUAAAAUAUAUUCUGACACAUUCCUGGAGAAUUUUUUUUUUUUUACGAAAGAAUUCUCCUUCAAAAAGAGUUUCAAGUUGACCUAUCAUUCCAAAAUCUUGUGUUUUUGAAGCUUGCAUUGUUUACAUUUUUAUUGUGAGCACUCCCUUAUUUUUCUUUUUUUAAAGAUUAACAGGAGAACUGUUGGGACAAUAGCUUUAUCCUGGCUACUCUUCCUGAUAAGUUUUAAUAGAAGGAUUUCAGUUUUUCUAAUUAAAGAGCCGUAUUGAAAAUGUUGACUGGCUGCCGAUUGUAUGCUGUUAAUUAGGCAAGAAAACAUUCGGUAAGGGCACAUGUUUACAUCAACCAGAAAAGAAAAAGCUAAACUCCCUAACUAAUGUACCAGUGAAGUGAAACAGCAGAAUGUUCUUUACUGAAGUUAUUAGGAUAGUGGGAAGUGUUCUUCUGACUUAUGAGCAGAAAUGCAUUGUGCAUGUCUGCUUUGAACCCCACGGCUUCCACAAUCAUAGAAAUCUAUUUGUAGUACGCAUGCGCAUGUGGGAGAAAGUUUUUGUCUCUGCAUAUGUUUAGAGUGUCCUUUUUCAAAAAGUAUUUUGUGUGUGUGUGUUUAAUGAUAGCAUUUUGAUAGGACUCAUCUUUAAUUAGAGCAUACCUAAAAACAAACAGUUUUACCCAACUUUCUAUCAGACUCAGACAGUAGAAUGUCAAACUAUUAUGGUUCCCACAGUAGAUUCCAGACCUGUAAUAGGGUUCCCAUUCGAGGUUGGAAGCUAAACCCUAGCGCUUGAAAGUACGGUGGCCUAAUAUGAUGUGUUGAUUUAACUUUCUGGUUACUAAAAGUAUAGCCAGAGUUCUCCUUUAUCAAGGGACAAAACAGGCAAGGUUUUGUGAAAAACUAAAUUAAUUGUCCAUGAACUCUCACCAUAUCAGUAAUGAUAUUUAUACUGGCAUUAUGCCUUUUGGUUCUGAUUAUGACAGGAGGGCUCAAUCCAAGGUGACAUUGAAAGAGCCAUCCUUAAUAGUCUUAGUGUAGGAGAUUUCUGCCUUGAGCAGUGUAGAGCUCUCCAGCCUGGACCUUGUUUUCUCCACAAGUGUAGAUUAAUGUGCAUCACUUCUAGAUAGCGGAGGAAGAAGCCAAGAGGACUAAUGGAACUGGGCAAAAUGAAAACCGUGGAAUGAACCUCUUACACUGGUUUUUGAUGGUGAUUCAGUGGGUGGGGCAAAGGGGCACCAGCUUUUGCACUUUCAGACUUUGGGCAGUGUUGAUGGCAAGAGGAUGUGGAAAGCAACUGUGUGAAUAAAGCUGACAUAGUGCUUUUCCCACCAAACACAAAAAUCACUUUUCCAAUGUAUGAAGCAGUGGUACAGAUCACCAGCCAAUGAUUUUCCCCCAUUAAAUGACAACUGCUUUUACUGUUUUAAAAUAUUUGCAGAAAAUUUAUCCUUAGUUCAGGGGCCUAGAGAAAAUGAGACUUAAUGCAUUGAACAUACAUAGCUAAUAUACAACAUAUUCAUUUUACUUUAUAUGAAAUGUCUCUGAAGAUAUUUUUACACCUUCAUGAAAAUCAUGAUAAAAAAUUAUUUUAACACCAAUCUAUCAAGAAUUUUUCUUAGCUUCUUUUUCUUUUACUACAAAGCUUACCAGUCAUAAGCAGAAUGAAAAUAUUUUCCAGUACUGAUGUUAUAUGUGCUCUUCCCAAGUUGACCAAUUUCUACCUGUCUUUAGAGCACACCGAGUGUUUCUCCACUGGUGCUUCCAUAAAAUUGCUGUUCCUUGACUUGGCCUUGGCAAGAGCUUGCACAUGUUUUUACAUAAAUUUUUGAAGGGGGUGCUAAUUUUUCGAUUUUUAGCAAUGCAUUUUUUGAGAGUCUAUUCACCUCUAUUUCCUGCAUUCUAUUUUCAGUCACAAAAUGCAUUUCAAUGUUGUGUAUAGAUUAGUAAAAAUGAAGUAUAGCACUACUGAAAUGUAAUAUUUGGUAUAACUUCAAGAGACCCACCUCAUGUAGGCAAUUUUGAAAUCAGUACAUUUAGGGCAGUAGGUUUUUAGAGAUUGCUUCUUAAAAGAAAUCUUUAUUACCUCCUAGAAUCAUAAAAUAAAACCAUAGUACCAGGAAUAUUACAAAUUUAAAGUGAUUACUUAAAAAGGAGAUAAAUUGCAAAUGUGUACAUCAUCCUAUAUUUGAGAUGAUUGUAUAUGGGUCUUUGGAGGUAACAUAGUACCAUUAGCAGAAAAAUACAAAGUUUGUUAACAAUGAUGGAGAACAACAUAUCGAUAAAAUGAAAUGGUUGUCAUUAAAGUUUCAAAAACUUGUGACCCAAUUUAAGUAUAUUUGUAGUUUAUGAAACUUCAUUUAAAAUUCAUUUAACUUCACAAUAUUAGAAAGAAAUAAUGUAAGGAUGUUAAGAGUUCUUUUAUAUAUCACAUUAUGAGAUAGCAUAUUCAAGAGAUUUGAAAAGUCUCAGCUUAAUCUGAACAUAUACAUACUUUAUAGUUAAACAAAUCAUUGUUUUGCUACUGUCAACGUCUUAAAGCAUGGAGUAGCAAGAAGACAUUACGAUUUGCUUAAUUAAUCUUGCUCAUUUUACAUGACAAGAAAUAUGAUUACUCUUUGAUGAUCAUGUUAUUUGAAUUAUAUAUGAUCUUUUUAUUAUCCUGGAUAAAUAUCAAUUCCCACACAUACACAUGACUCUCACUCACAUGUGGGCAGAAGGAGCACCUCACUUCCUUAUAAAGGAGGACCUUUCCUUCUAACAUAACAUGAACCUUAAUGCUUCUCAUUGCAUUUCCCUUGAAUGAAAACAGACAUCGAGGUCAAUAGGGCAGAGCUCAGCUUUCCCGGGUUGAUGGCCUGCAUUAACAGUAGGUACCAUUGUGCAUUUGUGUGUGCCUUCUUUAAUACCUUGUGCACAACCUGCAUAUUCUUUACAUUUUCACCAAUAAAAGGCAACUUGGUGAGUUAGCGAGAUUGACUGGGUUUUAACACAUGGUGCUGCUCCAUUACAACCAUCCAAGAUUUGGACUGUGGAGAUUUAAAAGAAUUUAAUUUGUCUUGCCUGUUUAUAGAGGUAGUUUUUCUAGAUGUUUUUAGAUGUAGUCUCCUAAAAAUGCAAACUUUGUUACCAUACAACUUAUUUCCUUAGCUUACUUUUAAGGUUCAGCUGCUUAAAAAAAAUUAUAUAUAUACUCGUAGUCAUUGGAUGAUGACGUCUUGAUAUUACUCAGCAGUUUGGUAGACAUAGGCAGAUCACCACAUUGCUCAUAUUUGAAUGCAAAGUGCAUCGUUUCAAUCAUUACUGCCUGAAUGAUUUUUAGGGGAUGAUCAUUAAGUACUCCCUCUCCUUUUGCCACUUCAAUAUAGGUUGGUAUGUUCUUGGUUCUUUUAUGCCUUUCCUUUUUGGUAUCCAAGUGAAAGUAAUGGAAAAUAGCACAUUUGUUUUAUGAUAAAUCCUACAUAGUUUUAGAUACCCAAAAUAAAUUCUCAUAUGCAACUAUAUGCUCAAAAUGAUGAACUGAGGUUCAAAGAUAUAUCCCUUAUUGUGUUGUAUGUAUGAAUGAUCAUAAUUGUAAAACACUGAUGUCACAUUUUCCUAUAACACAUUAAUUCAGUAGUUAUCGAUCACAAUACAGUAUAUCCUACUGCUACAUUAUAAAAUUAAUUUUUGAUUCCUAGUAAGCUGUAGAUAAAUGGUUGUUAUUAAAGAGUUGUAGGGAAAUGUUUCCUCUGAUUGGAAAUUGGUGAAGAUCUUAUUUAACCUAAGUAUAUUGCAGAGUAGGUUUUAUUUAAGAAGUUCAAUGUGGCAAUAGAGUUCAAUUUUGAUUUCACAUCAAGUUUAUACAUACAAAACUGAUUUGGCUGAAAAUUAGGUGAUAUAUUUUAGAAUAUUUAAAAUAGCCAAAAUAAUACUACAAUGUGUUAUAUGGAUGAUUUAUCAAUAAAAGUUAUUACUGUUAAUAAUGGUAGAAAAUUCUUUCCUCCCUAUGCCUAGUGAUUUAAAUUGAAUGGGAAAUUAGUAAUAUGUUAUAAUAAGGAUGCAUCUUACUAUCAAUAUUUGCUGAAGAGUGUUGAACACAGAAUUAAAAUUUGUCCUUAUUAAAAUGGACCUUUGUACACUAUGAUUUGAAUUAAGUAAUAAAUAUAUAAUGCAUCUUUAAAGUUGUAUAUCAAAAUGUAUAAUGUUCCAUUUUGGCUACAUUUUGUAAAGCAUUUUUGGUGUAAUCAAUAUGACUCACAUAUGUCAAAUUAAGUAUUCUAUUUAUUUAAACAAUUAUAUACUUAAUGUAUUUGGAAGCUUAUUGCACUUAUAUAAUUGUAUAUACUGCGGCUUCAAAAGUCUGUACCUAUCCUUGCUUUUAAAAAAUUAGUAUGUGCAUUUUUCCAAUUUAUUUUUAAUUAAUUAUAUUAAGGAAAACAUCAUUUACUAAAUGUACCUUAAA